AUGGGUAUCUUCAAUCGUUUGCGGCCUCGUGUUGGCUCUAGUAAGACCUCUGACGUCGACGCUACUGAGAUGACAACUACCACGGACCAGGAAAAGAACGGAAAAUCACCAGAAGAUGGUGCCAACCCUGUUGCUAACGACAGCCUACCAUCUGAGGAUGUCACUGAAGGUGUGAGAAACAUGGAAGCCAUCACACUCGUAUGGACCAAGAAGUCUCUCAUCUCGCUCUUCAUCUGCAUCUGGUUUGUCUAUUUGCUCAACGCGUUCCAGAGCUCGACUGUCGGUAACCUGGUUCCCUAUGUCACCAGUUCAUGGGGUGCCCAUUCUCUCCUCAACGUCAUCGAUGUCGUCGCGAGUUCAAUGACAGCUGCCGUUUUCAUUCCUCUGGCGAAGCUUCUUGAUCUUUGGGGUCGUGCAGAAGGAUACCUUCUCAUGGUUGCCUUUGCUGAGUUGGGUCUCAUAUUGAUGGCCACCAGCACAAACCUUCCCAUCUAUUGUGCUGCCAAUGUAUUCUAUAAAGUCGGUUUCACAGGUUUAAUCUACAGCAUCGAUGUCAUAACCGCCGACGCGACCAACCUCAAAAAUCGAGCCCUAGCCUACGCAUUCACGUCCUCUCCAUACAUGAUCUCUGCAUUCGCGGGAUCGUACGCUUCCCAGGAAAUGCUUAACGACAUUGGCUGGCCGUGGGGCUUCGGUACCUUUGCGUUCCUGACACCAGUCAUUUGUGCUCCUCUAUAUAUUCUUCUCAAGGUCAACUUGCACAAGGCGAAGAAGAAUAUUCUCCCGAGGGAGGCCAGUGGCCGGACUUUUAAAGAGAGUGUCUGGCACUACCUUGUUGAGUUUGACGUCAUCGGUGUCUUCCUCUUCGCGGUCGGCUUGGUCGUGUUCCUCCUUCCAUUCAACAUCGCAGCGACAGCCCCCAAUGGUUGGGCAACAGGUUACAUCAUCGCUAUGAUUGUCGUCGGUUUUGUCCUUCUUGUUGGAUUCGCCAUCAACGAAGUUUACAUCGCACCAGUUCCCUUCCUCAAAUUCCACUUCUUGACCGACCGAACACUAGUAGGCGCAUGUCUACUCGAUCUCACCUAUCAGAUUUCGUAUUACUGCUGGAACAACUACUUUACGUCUUUCCUCCAAGUCGUCAACUAUCUCUCAGUAUCUGAAGCUGGCUAUGUCAACAACACCUUCAACGUGGUGUCUGGGUUCCUUUUGUUCCUCGUCGGAUGGAGUAUCCGGAAGACUGGCUACUUCAAAUGGCUUCUCUGGAUCGGUGUGCCGCUUUAUAUCUUUGCCCAAGGGUUGAUGAUAUACUUCCGAAGCCCCACGGGAUAUGUUGGCUAUCUUGUUAUGACACAGAUCUUCAUUUCAAUUGGGGGUAGUGUCUUCACCAUCUGCAUGCAACUCGCAGUCCUGGCAGCCGUCGACCAUCAACAUGUUGCUGCAGCAUUGGCUAUGUUGAAUGUAACCGGUACAGCAGGUGGUAGUAUCGGCUUCACCAUUUCUGGAGCCAUCUGGACAAACACGUUUGAGAAGGCCUUACGCAAGUACUUGCCCGCCAGUGCACUUGACGAUCUUGUAUCUAUUUACGGCAAUCUCGAUACUCAGUUGAGUUAUGCCAAGGGAACACCCGAACGUAUCGGUAUCCAGAAAGCGUAUGGUUAUGCUCAAACAAGGAUGCUAGCCGCUGGGACAGCAAUCAUGGCUUUGUCAUUUGUUUGGGUUGCGCUUAUCAGGAACUUGAAGGUGUCGGAGAUGAAACAGACUAAAGGGAACGUCUUCUAG